UUUCUAUAGAACGCAUGGAGGCUUAUUGUUGAGCUCUAAGCGGUGUCGUUUCUUCUUCUCCUUCCGUUUCCAUUCGCUUGCUUUCCCGCUUUCUGACUACAAGAAACUUUCAAGCUUUUUGUCUUCAAAAAGUUUUGUACAUGAAAAGCAAAAGAAGCACUAAAAGUCUAAAACCAUAAAAUCCCAUGACUCCAAAGCUGCCCACUAACCUUCCCUCUCUUCUAGGCUUUAAGUUCAUCAAAGCGUCGUGCAAAUCGGGUGAUUUGCAACGCGCACGCAACCUAUUCGAUAAAAUUCACGAACCAGACCUACGUACGUGGACUAUCUUAAUUUCAGCUUACACACAACAUGGGUUUCCUUGGGAUGCUAUAAAGCUUUAUACUUUAUUGCGAGCACGAGAAAUCAAUCCCGAUAAAUUAGUACUUCUGUCUGUUGCUAAGGCAUGUGCCACUUUGGGUGACAUUGUGAAAGCCAAUGAGGUUCACGAUGAUGCGAUUCGAUUCGGGUUUCACUCGGAUACUUUGUUGGGUAAUGCGUUGAUUGAUAUGUACGCCAAGUGUAAGUGUGUUGAAGAUGCGAGACGGGUUUUUGAUGAUAUGCGGGUGAAAGAUGUGGUUUCUUGGACCUCGUUGUCGUCUUGUUAUGUUACUUGUCAUCUACCUAGAAAAGGUUUGGAGGAAUUUCGUGAGAUGGUGCUAGAUGGGGUGAGACCCAAUGUGGUGACGGUGUCUUCAAUUCUGCCAGCGUGCUCUGAACUCAGAACUUUGAAUUUAGGAAGAGAGAUUCAUGGGUUUGUAGUGAAGCAUGGAAUGGGGGAGAAUUUAUUUGUUUGUAGCGCACUUGUUAGCAUGUAUGCUAGUUGUCUAAGCAUAAGGCAAGCCCAAUUGGUAUUUGAUAACAUGUCUCAACGAGAUAGUGUGUUGUGGAAUGUAAUUUUGACAGCAUACUUCUCAAAUAAAGAAUGUGAGAAGGCUCUUGAUUUAUUUUAUCAGAUGAGAAAUGAAGGUGUCAAAUUAAAUGAUGCUUCUUGGAAUGCUGUCAUUGGCGGGUGCAUACAAAAUGGACGAACUGAACGGGCCCUGGAGAUGCUUGGACAGAUGCAAGAUAUGGGUUUCACACCUAAUCAGAUAACAAUUACCACUGUCUUACCGGCUUGCGCAAGUUUGGAGAGCUUGAGGACUGGCAAGGAGAUUCAUGCUUAUAUCUUUAAACAUUGGUUUAUUGAGGACUUAACGACCACAACAGCUGUCGUUUUCAUGUAUGCUAAAUGUGGUGACUUGGAACUUUCACGAAGGGUCUUCAGUUUGAUGCCAAAAAAGGAUACUGUUGCUUGGAACACAAUUAUUAUUGCAAACUCCAUGCAUGGGGAAGGAGAAGAAGCCUUGUUGCUCUUUCAGAAAAUGUUGGACUCAGGAGCGAAGCCCAAUCCUGUUACUUUUUCUGGUGUUUUGUCUGGUUGUAGUCAUUCACUACUUGUUGACAAAGCCUUCUUAAUUUUUGAUUCAAUGAGUAGGGAUUACUCAAUAGAACCUGACAGGGAUCACUACUCCUGCAUGGUUGAUGUACUUAGCCGUGCUGGUCGCCUAGAAGAGGCAUAUGAGUUUAUACAGAAAAUGCCCAUCGAACCAACUGCUGGUUCUUGGGGAGCAUUGCUUGGUGCAUGUAGAGUACACAAGAAUGUGGAAUUAGCAAAAAUUGCGGCAAAGCGGCUUUUUGUGAUUGAACCUGAUAAUCCUGGAAACUAUGUAUUGUUAUCCAAUAUUUUCGCCACUUCCAAACUAUGGGAUGAAGCCUCAGAGAUUAGAAAAUUGAUGAGAGAUAGAGGAAUUACAAAAGAACCAGGCUAUAGUUGGGUUUAGGUGAGGAAUAGUUUCUACUUUUCUACUGUUGGUGGUAAGAAGAAUGAACAGUGUGAUAAGAUUCACAAAUUUUUGGAUGAAUUGGGCCAAAGAGUUUCCAAUGCUGAAUUUGUUCUGAAAGAUGUGGAUCAGGAGGAGAAAGAGGGGAUACAUAGUGACUGAAGUGAGAAGCUUGCAGUUGGUUUUGGGAUACUCAAUUUGAUUUGGGUUAUGAAGAAAUUACGGAUAUUUGGGGACUGUCAUAAUGCCAUUAGAUUCAUGACCAAGAUUGUUGGUGUGCAUAUCAUCGUCAAAGUGUAUUACAUUUGUUUUACGGGCUUACUGUUUUAUGGGUUGAUUUGUAUAAAUAUAUGGAAUAUGGGUUGAUGAAAUGGAUGUUGUGUAUGAUGAUUGUUGAAUGGAAAUGGUAAUA